AUGUCCACUACUACUACCAGCACGACAACGUCUGAAGUAACAACAAAGCAAUGGUUUCAUGAGACUGAAGCCAUGUGGCCUGGUCAAAAGUUUUCACUUGAGAUGAAGGAGAUACUUUUCCAGCGUAAAUCCGAAUUUCAGGAUGUAUUAGUAUUCAAGUCAGCUACUUAUGGGAAUGUCCUUGUAUUAGAUGGUAUUAUUCAACUUACAGAACGUGAUGAAUUUGCCUAUCAAGAAAUGAUUACGCAUUUACCAAUGUUUGCACAUCAACAACCAAAACGUGUGCUUAUUGUUGGUGGUGGCGAUGGUGGUGUCUUACGUGAAGUGACGAAACAUGAUUGUGUACAAGAAAUUGUCAUGUGUGAAAUUGAUUCAAUGGUAUGUGAUGUGUCUAAAAAGUUCUUUAAGGAUACAGUAGCGACGGCUUUUCAUGACCCGCGGGUCACACUCCUACAUGCUGAUGCUGCUGUCUAUCUCCUUGAAAAUAGAACGGAAAAGUUUGAUGUUGUCAUAGUCGACUCAUCGGAUCCAAUUGGACCUGCUGAAGUUCUCUAUCGUGCUGAAUUUUACGAGAAUAUGAAGAACUCACUGUCUCCUGACGGAAUUAUCUGCACUCAAGGUGAGUGUCUGUGGCUGCAUCUUGACCUCAUCGUAGACGUCAUGCAACGCUGCCAAAAUCUCUUUCCUUCAGUCAACUACUCGUAUACGACUAUACCCACUUACCCAUCGGGCCAGAUCGGCUUUAUCAUGUGCUCGCUCGAUGAAAGUGAGGGUGUGUUGACAAAGCCCAAGCGCUCACCAGAUGCUAAGAUGGAGCAGACUCUGCGCUAUUACAACCCCAAGAUUCACGAGGCUUCGUUCGUGCUGCCUAGCUUUGCUGAGCGCAAGAUCAGCACUGUGCGCAAGUGA